UAUCUCAGCUGUUUACCUACCUGUUUACAUGCUAUUUUGUGUACCUGGUUUCCUUUCGUCCCUGAUCCUCGUGUUAUUGUAUUUUGAACGCGUUCGUUAUUUUUUCUUUUUAUAUUAUUAUCAGUUGUAAAGUGAGGUGCGCUUGUUUCAGGUGUAAUUUGAUUAAUUUAUUACCGGCGUGCGCGAAGCAUUAUGCGACGAUUACUCGUAAUUCGAAUGUGAACGAUUUUCAUUCAUCUAUGGGAGCAACCCUGGUAAAUGAUGCAGAGAUACAAUGAUUUUUCACCCGUUCUAUACGGAAGCAUAUCUCCGGUACGUCCGACGGAGACGACGGCCAAGGUGAUCGCUUCCGAAGUGGCUGUCGGCGAAAACACGUACUAUGGUUCGAUCCGGCCAAUCGGCGACGAUUACGAUUCGCAAAGUAUGGCCGGAACGCUGCGACGACCGCCGUCGUCAAUUUUGGAUGCGUCGUUCGCGACGCAACAGGGUCACCACCACACGAUGAAUACGACGACGAGCAGUACCGCAGCAGGCGCAGGUACUCCUACGGCGGUGAUGGCGUCUAUGUUUAACGAUUGGAGCGGCGCGAUCGAAGGUGGCGCAGGUAACUUGUCGACGGUGGCGAUGGCGAUGGAGGUGGCGGCGGACGACUACGAUGAUCGACUAGGAGAGUACCACCAUAACCAUAGUACGAGUAGUACGGCGGCGGCAACCACCGAGGCGAAAUCACCUCCGUUAUCACUUCAGUUGUUCAUUAGUUCGUUGAGUGACGCGUUGAGCUAUACGAGUGCCGAUACGACGACGGCGACCGAGUUCCGAUAUAACGGCGGCCCGCAAGGGUCUUCCGUGCUGAAUGUCACGCCGAUGGGAUCCACCACCAAAUUGAUCGCUUCCGAGACUUCGUCUAAUUUCAAGUUGAGAUUCUGCGGUGCGAAAUGUUUCCCGAUAUUUGGCACGUUGUUUAUGACGAUUUCGUUGACGGCUAGUCUGGGCAAUGUGUUACGACUUCCGGGUACUGUUUUCCUUCACGGAGGCGGUACCUUUUUCGUGGCGUAUAUUUGUAUAGCGAUUAUCCUAGGAAUACCUCUGAGCUUUUUGGAAAUCACGUUGGGACAGUUUUGUCAACAGGGGACCACGAAGCUGUGGCGUGCUGUACCAUUAUUUAAAGGUGUCGGCGUUGUAAAAUUACUUUCAUGUACGAUAUUAUGCCUGUAUUAUCCUAUUCUUAUGGUAAAUGCUAUAUUUUACUCGAUAUGGAGCCUGUAUCAACCUUUACCAACAUCUCAAUGUAUUACUAAAUUGUUACCAAGGUUUACCACUCAGACGGAUUUGGCGGAGUAUCAGAAGUUAUGCUUUAGGAACGAAAGCCGAAUAGCUUUGUACGGAGGUGAUGACGAAGUAGCCUGGUUCGGAGUUGAAAUAUGUCUUCUACUGAUAGUUUGGACGUUGAUAAUGUUAUGUAUAUUCAAAAGUGCCAAUUCGUUUCGAUUAUCCGCAUGUAUCAUAGUCCCUAGCGCAUUAUUUAUCGCUGUUACCUUAUUAACCGAAGGUAUUCAGAGGAAUACGAAUGGGUUACGGAGUUUGCUGGAUAUUCAGUGGGAAUCGUUGCUGUCGUUUGAGAUAUGGUACGCAGCUCUGAUUCAGUUCUUCCUCUCAACGCACAUAGGUUUGGGCAACAUCACAACCUGCGCCGGACGUUUAUAUCCGAAAAAUAACCCUUUCUGGACGUCUGUAUUCUAUAUGCUAGUCAAUCUGGCGGUCGGUAUGAGUUUCGUGGCCGUUGUAUAUAUGUGGAUAGAAGACCUGACCGUCGCUACCGGAGGAAAGCCUGUACAGAUGUCUCAGACGCAGGAGUUAUUCGUUCUGACGCUGAUUUACGACGUCAUGUCGCAAUGCUACGGGAAAUUCGCUCAGUUGUGGGCUUUCAUGGCGUACUUGUUUAUUAUAUUAGCCGGAUUCAGUAGUAUGAUUUCAUUAAUUUACACCGUCAUCGUUGGCAUCACUGUUGAAACGAAGAGCAAAUGGAAAUGGUGGAGGAUUUCGUCGAUUGUGUGCGGUAUCUGUUUCGGUGCCGGAUGCUUUUGCUUGUUACCUGAUAACUUCGCCAUGGUCAGAUUAUUCGAUCAUUACACUGUGGGCAAACUGAUUGUGACCACAACUGUGCUGGAAGUUGUCGCAUUUGUAUGGUUCUAUGGGCUGGAAUCGUUGGCCAAUGAUUUCGAAUUUGUGCUCGGUUACAAGCUGAACAUUAUUUGGAAGACGUUGUGGUUCCUGUGUCCAUUUUUACUUACGGUGACCGAAGUAUGGUCGUGGUUUAGCGGUUCGUCGACCGAAGCAACGUACACAAAAUCGGAUUCGUUUCGAUUGAGUAUCGUUGGCUGGAUUAUUUACGUGAUCUCGUGGAUCGUAAUUAUCGCGAUGGGCGCGUGGCAGGUGUUUUCGCAAGUCGACUAUAAUCUAAGUCAGAAAUUUAGCAGUUCGACGAAACCAACUCGCAAUUGGGGCCCAGUCGAUCCGAUCUAUCGCCAUUGCUGGGUGCAGUGGAAAAAACAAUACCAAGCCACCGGCGAGAAAGAUUUCACCCUCAGAAGAAGAGGCACCCGCGACUACACGCAUUCGGUGAAACGUACCAGGCACGCGGGCCCUGUAGGAAUGCGAUACAGCGUGAACCCAUCCUCAAAUCAGAAUACUCUGCAGUACAGUAGAAACUCUGGUGCCAAUUGCAGCAUCUCUGACAAAGAUCCAAAUCACUUACAGUACAGUUACUCCAUCAACUGUGUGGCCGAUAACAGCACGUGGACCAAUAGCAAUUUGCAAUUUCAUAUGAGUGGUCUGAAAUCGCCUCAUAAUUGAUGCUGAUCGAGUGAUCGUGUAAUCAAAUUGUAUCAUUUUAUAUACUCUUGAGACUGAUUUAUAGAAAUUAUUAAUUUUUUUUUCGUUUUUAUUUACAUUUUUGUUUUAUUUUUUUUUUGUAUAGAAAAAUUUUUAAUGUAGCGAAGUUUUUGCGCAUGACAUUGUGGAUAUUUUCUUCUCGAGAAGUGUGUUUUUUCUUUUUUUCUUUUUUUUUUGUAUGUAUUGUAAGUGUGAGUGUAAUUUUUCUUUUUAUUUAUUUUGUUGUGUUCAGUGUUAUGAAUUAUGAUGAAUUAUUGAUGAUUGUUUUAUUUGGAAAAAUAAUAUUACCUAUGUGUUGUUGCGCCUGCGCGAAUAUAUAAAUUUUAUGUGA